AUGAGGAAAAAGCAAAUGGUCAAUCGUCCAGAGUUCCUUAUGGAAGGGCUGUCCUCUCAGACCAAUACCCAAUCGCUCCCUAUACACUCGACAUUUGUCAACCGGCUAUUCCUUUUGUCGACUAUCCCACCAAAUACUCCAACUCUUCUUUUCGACCUAUUUGAGGGUCGUAGUCCUUUGGAGAGAGGGAAGGACCGUCCAUGCCACGUCUUAGGUCAGCUUCCCUUCGGAGGAGACCAAAAUCUUAUGUCGCAGCGGCCAUAUGCUUCAAAUUCUCCAUCCGACGAGACUUCCCAGCCUGUCAGCCAGCUAUUAACAUCUCCCGGCCGUUCAACUGCUCCACAAGAUGAGGUAGAAUCAGUAGAUCCUCAGGCGCGGCAUGGUGCUCCAAUUCCCACGCCUAGUCGAUCGGGAUCAGUGAGAGGAGAUGAAACCCCGCCAGAGCUUGCGCAUUCCGGAAGGCCAACCUCCUCCGGCCAUGGUUCAGCUUCCCAGAAACGGCCUCGAUCACUAGGAAUGCAAGCAAUCCUCAACCCGUCAUCUCAUGCCCCGUUAGAGCCAAGCUCCCGACAAAGUAGCCGGGAGCCACUAGGAUCCCCUACAUCAACAGCUACAUCUCCUUCUGCGCAUAUCCGUGGAACACCGUCUCCAAUCCAACCCCCCACUCAACCUCCACUACACUACCAUUAUGAACGUUCUACGUUAUCUCCGAAGGUGGGCAGGAAGCUUUUGACUCCCAAGUCACCCGCUGUCCGUGCCGCGAGCUUGGGAGGUCGAUUCACUCCUGUGCCGGGGACCAUAAACGCAAUCCAGUCGCCUUUUCUACAGUCCCCCCCGCCUCCGAGAUUUGCCGAGGGUGCAUCUCGAGUGCUUAUUGACUCUGCUUCUGCAACUGUGCCUAGUAGACUAACUCAGCCUCGCCAAACAACUCACGCAGCUAGCAUUUUCUAUGACCAGAGGCCGUCUACUAACCCACAAUCCCAAGAUACAAGUCCACGUACUCCUCAGUCAUCGUAUAGCUCCUAUAGCCAUCCAUCUCCUGCCCCAGCUCCGUCAAUCCACAUACAGCAACAGCAUCCUUCUCCUAUAUCCAAUCCAGCUAUACCUGGACCUCCCCGUAGCACCAUAGCUCAGUCGCUGUUGCCGCUUGAAAAUCGAGGGCAUUAUCGGGGAGAUGGCGCGCUCGCAGCCCUUGGGCCAUACAUGACAGCUGAACCUGGCACUGGGCUAAUACCCUUUACAAUUGACCGAGAUUCUGGGUCGAUGAAAGCCAAGAUAAAGCGAGAAAAGAAUAGCAGUGCUUCCAAAAGAUUCCGGCAAAGGAAGAAGGUCGUGGAAGCAGAGCAAUCGCAAGCUAUUAAAAGACAAGAGGAGGAAAUUAAGAGCCUGACGGAAGAAAGAGAUUUCUAUAUCAGGGAGCGUAACUUCUUCCGGGAUAUGUAUGCGAGAACUCCUGGUGCCAAAAUACCUCCGCGACCACCGUCACCUCGCUCUUUCAAACCUCGUGCUACUCCGCUUGCUUCGGAGGAUGAAGGGGAACAUACCUCAUUAGAUGCAGAUGACGGGGGGAGCGGUGCAGCAGGCCGAAAUGUUCGACAGAGAACCGGGUCCGGGCCAGUGCAUCUGCCGUACCCUGGCAUACAGACUUCGGGGUCGUUUGCACCCAUGUCAAGGUCUCCAUCUACACAUGCACCGCCAGCUCCAUCGUAUCCAUUGCCGUACCCUGCACCAUGGCGUGCACCUCCUAUGAACAUAAACUCACAAACCGCGGAGGGAGCCUCUGUCGCCCCAUCACCAACGGCCCAAGCCAGCUCUCGGGAAACCCAGCAGCAACAAGCAUCGCAGUACCCGCCUUAUCAGCAACAUCAAUAA